UACGGAAAAGUAGGCCUAAAAUGUUAUAGUGUCUAAAAACAAUAUUCAGUUAAUGGAAUUACACUUUUUUCCAUUACUGCUUGCUUGAUAUUGCCCUAACAACUUUUUCAUGAAUCAAUUUUGAGCAUUAUGUUUACAACGUAGUUAUUAUAGCACGAAUUAUGAGUCUAAAAUGCCAAAUACUUGCAACUAUUAUGUUAAUCACUGAAAUCUUAGUGUACUAAUUGCUCGCUAUAAGCUAGGUUAUUGCGCCCCUAAACCAACGUACUGACAACGCUACCUCCCCGUAACUCAAACUUUAACGAAGCUAUGCACGUUUGGCUUGUAAAUGUUCGAUCCAUUUACUACGUGUAACUCUAAGGAUCACCAGGAAGACGAAAUGGUAAAACGAAACGCACCAGUAACGACUAUUACAAGGAGUUCGAAGAGACUUAAGGUUACUCAAGAAAGUGUGGUGCACGACCAUAAUCCCGGUGACACCAAGAUUCAUCUGCCACAAGACGAGGAGGACAAGAUCUUAGCAAAAAAAUCUGACGGAAAAUUACUGAUGAUUAAAGAGGAGGCUAGCCCUGGGAAACAAGAAGCUCCAUCAGAAAAUGUCCAUUCCGACAUUGAGGAUGAGUCUGAAGAUGUAUCUGCGUAUGAAAAGAAAAGACUUCAGAAUAUUCAAGACAACAAAACGUUUCUGUUAGAACUUGGAAUUUUUCAGGCAAAAGAAGAGCUUCAAACCUUGUCCACCAAGAAAAAGAAAUCAACCGGAAUAUUUACAAAGAAAAAGAAACCAGAAUUAAUACCAUGUCGUGUCAGUCUGCGGAUAGCAAACAAAGCCCCUGAAGGCAUCCAGCUACCCUCUAAACCAGAACCUACUUAUGGAAAUUACCAUUUUCAGCCACGGAAGCCGUCGGGACUGAUAACCAUGUCAGAUGCCCUGAAGUUUGAUUCAGAGGACAAUGGCGCCGCCUAUCUCUCACACAUGCAGACAAUUGCACGAUCAGACAGCUCGGCAAAAAGUAUAUCCACCUCAACGAGUUAUGACAGCAUUGUUAAGUCCAUGAAGAAGAUGAAGAUCAAUGAGAAACAAGUGACCAAGGUCGUCUCCUCGAGGAUCUUCUCAGUUGCCAUCCAUCCCAGUCAGACCAAGGUUCUCGCUGUGGCAGGUGAUAAGGGGGGCCAGAUUGGAUUCUGGGAUGUGGAAUCGACGGAUGAGAAAAACAAUGGUGUUUGUAUUUAUGAGCCCCACAGUCGUCCCGUUACCUGUCUCAAAUUUGGCAUCAAUGAUCCACAGAGGGUGUUCUCAAGUAGCUACGACGGCACAGUCAGAUGUUGUCAUAUUGAAAAUGGAGUCUUUAAUGAGGUGUUUCGCACAUCAGAUGAAUACGAGGAGCGCUGUUUGGCAUUUGAUUUUGUUGAUCGCCACUCUUUGGCUGUUGGCAUUGAGGAUGGUAGUCUAGUGAUUCAGGACACAAGGACACUGCCAGGAGCAAGCAUAUCCUAUGACGUACAAGACUCACCUAUAAAGUGUGUCAGUGUCCACCCAAUGAAGAGUUGUUAUAUCUGCACAUCUUCAAGGAAUGGUAACGCGUACUUAUGGGACACGAGAAACAUCAAAAACAAGAAUCCAAAGCCACUGUUGACGUUCCCAUGUGGCAGGGCAGUGUCCUCAGCGCAUUUCUCGCCAGUGACUGGCCAAUCUCUUCUCAUAACCUCAUUGGAUGAUAGAUUGAGAGUCGCUGAUACAAGUAAUAUGGAGGAAGUCAAGUUGCGGGGUUCAAUCAGACAUGAUAACCAUACUGGUCGCUGGCUGACACCUUUCCGAGCUGAAUGGCAUCCAAUGAGGGAUGAUCUGUUUGUGGUUGGCAGCAUGGCCAGGCCAAGACAGAUUGACAUCUACAACGACAAAUGUGAGGUUGUGAAAACAUUCCAGGAUCCAGAAAACUUGGCAUCUGUUUCUUCGAUCAACGCUCUCCAUCCUAGUCGGAAUAUUCUCGUUGGAGGGAACGCAAGCGGGAAACUCUUUGUCUUCAUGUGAAGAAAAAUGCCAAUGUGAGAUAGCCUCUUUAGCUGGUCUGCUGUGGAAGCUAUUUUACCACGGCAGGUUUGCGGUGUAUUUGAUUUCCGGUUCCAAGCAAGAGACUGACAUGGAAUUUGUGUGCAUAGUGCAAUAUCAUCUACAGGGGUGAAGCUGCUACAAGCACUGAUAGUAAUAGUGGAGUCACAUCUUUAGUUGACCAUGCAAGGCAAGGAUGAUUGAGCCAUAGGUUUUCUCUGUGUCAGUCAUUGUUGAUUGACAGAAAGACAAAGGUUUGCGUACAUUUAGUUUUCUCGGCCUGUUGGUCUUUCGUUCAUGAGGCAAUGGUUUAAUUUGAAUUAUGAUUAAUGUCUCAGGGUAUUGUGACUGAUCAUUGCUGUUAAUAGAAUCAGAAUAUUCUGACUGAUCACAUCCAGAUGACUGAUCACAUCUAGAAGACUGAUCACAUCUAGAAGACUGAUCACAUCUAGAAGACUGAUCACAUCUAGAAGACUGAUCACAUCUAGAAGACUGAUCACAUCUAGAAGACUGAUCACAUCUAGAAGACUGAUCACAUCUAGAAGACUGAUCACAUCUAGAAGACUGAUCACAUCUAGAAGACUGAUCACAUCUAGAAGACUGAUCACAUCUAGAAGACUGAUCACAUCUAGAAGACUGAUCACAUCUAGAUGACUGAUCACAUCUAGAUGACUGAUCACAUCUAGAUGACUGAUCACAUCUAGAAGACUGAUCACAUCUAGAAGACUGAUCACAUCUAGAAGACUGAUCACAUCUAGAAGACUGCAGCAGUUUGGUACAGUUUGUCUUUAAUGCCAUGUUGCUCGGACAGCUCAUCAGUCUCUUCCUCUUAUCUAAUCAUGGUUGGUUAUCCCCUCAAACAUUGCAUUUCGUUGUCUACAUCAUAGUAAUGACACUUGGGAAGGAUAUGAGGCAGCCAAGCCGACAGUAUCUGUAGAUGUAAAAGUCAGUCAUUGCAUAAUUGAGAAUUCAUGUAGCUUUUGUAUUCCAUUAAACAGAA